AUGUCCUCCACACAGGACGUUCCCCUCAUGCGGAAACUCGACACACCAACAGCACUUAUUGUUAACAGACUUGCAAACACCCCUCAAGAGAAACGGACACAAGUCGAAAAUUUGUUUUACGACGUCUUGGUAGCUUUUAAGGAAGGUCAGCCGAUGGUCUACAGACUGAUUUGGCUCAAUUUCCCAGAACGAAAACUGCGACUAGUCAGACACAGGAAGACUAAAGAGGAGUAUGGGAUGUACAUUAUUAACACCAUUUCCAAAUUUGAGAACAACAAAUUGAAGUUGGAAUUAGGUGAGAGUAUGGCCAUCAUAAUUCAACCCCAAUCUGUUGACGACUUAAAUGCGAUUUACAGAGUGUUUCGCAUGAUUUCGUUGAAUCACACGCUUCCGAUCACUAAAGAAGAGUUUCUCUUGGACACGGUAGUGUUAAAGCGAACGUAUAUAUGCAAAAAGCGUGGUAAAACAUUUUGGAACAAACGAGUAAUUAACGUGUAUAAUGGGUGUUUGUAUCUUUACGAGAGCACUACCAAAGAGAUACCUUUGACGAUUAUCCCGAUCUGUGAAUGCGUCAAAGUCAUCAAACAAGGAAAAGAAUCUGUUAAGAUCACUUCUUACAUUCGUAGUUUUCAAUUCAAAUUUGAGAGCGAGGAGGAACGCGACGAUUUGGUUGAGAUGACUGAAACGAGCCAGCAAGUCAUCAUCCCGCCAUAUGUCAAUUAUGUCAGAGACUUUUUCACAGGCAACUUGAACGACUUGAUUUCCGUCUGUCGUGAUGAAUGUAUCAAGAGUAAAUUAUACCCCGAAGAGUGUGAUAAGUACUUCCCUGUGUUGUGUGAAGUUGUCAAAUCCGCGACGAAGCGGCGGUACGUGACAAACAUGAAGAAACGUGGAUUAGGCAAAGAUGUUAAUAAGACGUCGAAUGAGAGUAAAAAGGAAACCAAACUUGAGGAGAUCGAUGAUGGAGAAGAGUUAGCCACCAUUGCCGAGAAAGAUGACAUCUACAAUUUAUUUGCCAAUUUUGUGUCGAUAGGGAAAGGUGGGUUUGGGGAGGUCUUUGUAGCUACGAGGAAAUCUGAUGGGAAGCAAAUUGCAUUGAAAACGUUGAAACACAGUGCUGAUGAGCGGUAUAGUAAAAUAGGUAUAGAAGUCUCUCGGUUGUAUCACUUCCGCCAUCCGAAUAUUGUAGGGUUUGAAGGGUGUUGGAUCUAUGACAAUCAAGUUCAUAUAGGGAUGGAGUAUUGUUCGCAAGGGACAUUAAAGCAGUUGUUAAAGAGUAAGAGUCGAUUUAAUGAGGCAGAUUCCGUCUUUUUAGUUCGCGAGACGUUACGAGCACUACAGUACAUCCAUGAGUAUGGAUUCAUUCACAGAGAUAUUAAAACAGCGAAUAUCAUGUUAUCUUCCACUUACUCUGUGAAAGUGAUUGACUUCGGAUUGGUUAUCAGAGAGUCAAACAAACCAUCAAAUCGUGCGGGAAGUAAAGCUUAUAUGGCCCCCGAAGUUAUUAAACAAGAACCAUACGAUUGUAAAGUAGACGUGUGGAGUCUUGGAUGUGUUGCUCAAGAGUUGGUGGAAGGGUACCCUCCUUAUAAGGAAGUCGGGUUGGUCAAAGGAACGUUCAAGACCGCAACAAUUGGUGCAAUGGGUCUUCGUUUUCCUGGAAAGGUGUCAAACGAUUUCAAAGUCUUCCUGAGCUCAUGUUUCAUGUUCGACCCGAAGAUGCGCCCAAAGUGCGAGGAUUUACUCAAGAUGAAAGUCUUUGACGAGGCAGAAGGAAGCACGAUGAAAAAACAGGCAAAAACGGAACCUAUCGAAUGA